UUCCCUUUCUUCCCCCAAAAGUAUAGACAGCAAAAGAGAUCUUGUUAACUUCUGAAAGACACUGUAGUAAAGAUGACUACCUGGGCUUUUGGUCUUCGAACUCUUCCUCUAGUGAUCUUGGUGGGGCAUGGAGCCUUCGGGUUUUCCUCCUUGACCUCGCCAACAGCAAACAUCGACAAGGACUGGACACCUGAUGACUAUGAAUAUAGCACUGAAUAUUAUGAUCAUGAAACAAUUAUAAGUAAUGUGUCUGAGUAUCAAGAAUAUACUAGUUGGGCCUCUAUAGAAAAUGAUCCAUGCCAGCCCAAUCCUUGCAUGCAUGGUGGUGACUGUGUUAUAAAGGGAGAGAGCUUCAAGUGUAACUGCCCUGCCCCAUUCACUGGGGGAAAAUGUCAAACUGUACGCAACACAUGCCGGAGAAAUUCUUGUGUCAGAGGAGAAUGUCUCCUUAUCCAGGCUCCGCCCUAUUACAAAUGUGCUUGCAAUCAUCCAUAUGGGGGUCCAAACUGUUCAAAAGUCUCUCCAGCAUGUAGACCAAAUCCCUGCAAGAAUGGAGGUAUCUGCAGGGGGAACAGGCGGAGAUCCAAGUUUACAUGUAGCUGUCCCGAAGGAUUCAGAGGGAGAUUUUGUGAAAUAGGUCCCGAAGACUGUUAUGAAGGCAAUGGCCUCAACUACCGAGGGAAAGUCAGUAAGACAAUUGGCCACAACACUUGUCUUCACUGGAACUCUCACCUUCUCUUGGAUGAGGCUUAUAAUGCAUUUAUGGAGGAUGCCAAGGUCCAUGGUAUUGGUGAACACAACUACUGCAGGAAUCCAGAUGGUGACAAAAGUCCUUGGUGCUUCACUCAGUUGGACAAGAAAACCGUGAUUUGGGAGUCCUGUGAUGUCACCUCUUGCUCAACCUCAGCAGAUGUCUUGGAGUUCCCAUGGAGGCCCACUGAGCUCAUCACUUCAAGUCAAAUGUUCAGCACCUGUGGGUUGCCAGAGAUAGCUGCAAACAUCAAAAGGAUCUAUGGGGGGUUCAAGAGUACUCCAGGCAAACACCCCUGGCAGGCAUCUCUCCAAGUGUCUCUGCCACUGACUGUCUCAACACCCAAUGGGCACUCGUGUGGGGGCACACUGAUUGAGCCCUGUUGGGUUCUCACCGCUGCACACUGUGUAAUGUUAAAAGCCAAAGAAGUGCAGGUUGUUCUUGGUGAACAAGACCUGAUGAAGUCUGAAACCCAUGAGCAGAAAUUUAAGGUGGAGAAGAUAUUUGCCCACCCAGAUUAUCAAGAUGAAAAUGAAAUUCCCUCUAACGAUAUUGCUUUGCUCAAAUUAAAGCCAGUGAAUGGCCACUGUGCUCUGGAAUCUAAGUAUGUGAAAACAGCAUGCAUAUCUGAGACACCAUUUCCUUCUCAGACAGAAUGCUAUAUUUCUGGAUGGGGAGCUACAUCAACAGGAAAAGCAUCUCGUCAUCUCCUGGAUGCUAAAGUCCAACUGAUCUCCAAAUCUCGUUGUAAUGCUCCAAACCAGUAUAACAACUUGAUUGAUGACACCAUGAUCUGUGCAGGCAGACAGGGGACUGACUCCUGCCAAGGUGAUUCUGGUGGCCCUUUGACCUGUGAAAGGGAUGGCAAAUACUACCUCUAUGGGAUUGUGAGCUGGGGCUUUACAUGUGGAAAGAAACCAGGAGUCUACACUCUAGUGACCAAGUACCACAGCUGGAUCAAAGACACCAUUCGAGAAGAAUCUGGAUCACAGUAGACAGUGCCUAAGCUAGUAGCUGAUACAGGCACAAGUAACAGCAUCUUCAUCUCCAUCCUCCUCUUCAUCGCAUUACAGCCUUGUUGGUUGAAACUAACAAGGAAAGUCUACUCUCAAGAAGUAAAUAGUCAGAGAGGAAGAGAUAACAUUGGAUUGAUCGAGAUUGGUCAAAAAUCUGUGUUCUAGUCCUGACUCUUCCACUAACUAGCUGUGUUGGUCAUGGACAAAUUACUUCCUUUCUCUGGGCCUCAGUUUCCUCAUCUGUACAAUGGGGGGCAGUCGGAUUGUGUAGUCUCCAAACGCCCUUCUAGCUAUAGCCAACCAAUUUAAAGACUUUCACUGGGGCUAAACAGAAAUAAUCUCCACUUCCACCGUGCUUGUCUCGUCUUCCAUGACUCUCUAAACAACAUUUUCAUAAUAGCCCUCUAUGCCCCCUUAUUAUCUCCUAUCAUUUCCAAAGGAAUCGUGGAAGGGACCUUAAAUUUUCCAGGAUUUUUUUCUUCAGUUCA